UUUUCAUCUUCAGCAAAUGUUCACAGUGAAGAUGCAUUUUUUAAAUAUAAAAACCACAACAAAGUACGGCUCUGUCUUCCUAGCGUUGACGGAUCCGUCAGAAUUCUGUGUCACUUGUCAAUAUGGUGAAUUUUUUUGAGAUAUUACUGGAUAAUCAGCUGCUAAUCGUAAUCUAACCUCACUUUUUUCUAUUUUGGCGUUUCUAAGGUGUUCCAGCAGUAUUUUUGUUUACUUUUGUAUUUCAUUGAAAUAGUGCUUCCUGUUUCCUCCGCGUAUUCGUCUACAACAAAAAAUGUGAUGCAGAAACAUGAGCGAGUCGAAAAAGUUGGAAAUCAAGAAGAGCCUGAAGGACUUGAAUAAACACUAUUUGAAACUAGGAUUCACUUUGGAAAACCUGGAAAGCGAAAUCGCAGAAUCGAAUUUUAAACGGUAUUUCAUCAUAUUCACAGUAUUUAUAACGUCCGUUUCAGUCUUAUACGAAUUCCAAUGUGUCAAUACCGCUAUAAAUUAUGUUCUCGGGAUAAGAUGCAUUUUGCCCAACAACUACAUAAUUUGGGCUGCCACCAGACCUAUAGCCACUUGCGAUUUUUGCGAAAAUCUAACCAGCCCAUUGGUAUUAUCAAACGUCAGCCAGGAAGAAUUUUCAAAGUAUGCCUACACAUCGAAGCCGAUACUAAUCAAAGGUACCUUCCUGCACUGGCCAGCAAUGCACGUCUUCACCCUAAAAUACUUUCAAGAGCUGUAUGCAAAAAUAGAGCAACAACAAAAUCGAAGCGCUGAAGAGGGAUGCCAAUUCUUACAUUUCAAUUCGGAUUUCAUUUCUUUGAGGGAUGUUCUCUCGAUGAGCAAACAAAGAUCACUUAAGGUUCCUAAAGAGAAGUCAUGGUAUGUGGGAUGGGGAAACUGUGACCCAGCCAUAUUACAAGAGAUGAGAAAGCACUAUCCAAAGCCACAUUUCUUGCCAGAAGACAGUGAAAAUCCAUCUACUGACUAUAUUUUCAUGGGGUAUGAUGAAGGUGCAACAUUGCAUCAUGAUUUUAUAAAUCGUCUGAUGUGGCAGGCUCAACUGCAGGGGUCAAAAAUAUGGCAUUUGCUACCGCCACCGGAGUGUCAAGAAGUUUGCAGCAAAUUCUCGUUCCUUGUUGAACCAGGAGAUGCAGUUCUCGUAGACACCCGGGUUUGGUAUCAUGCUACAACUGUGAAUCCUGGAUACUUGAGUCUCUCCAUCCACUCUGAAUAUGGGUAGAUAUUGUCUAAAUGUGUCAGCAGUAUUUGACAUAACUGUGAAUCCUACAAUUUUAGAAGUAGUUGAUUUGUACUGCCAACAAUUAGGUCAAUAUUAGGUAGACUAAUUUAUAUGUUUUCAUGUACCUACACGUAUUUUAAAUAUUAUUUAUUAUCCUGAUUCCAUUGCUGCAUUGACUAGCACUUCACAGUUGAAUUUAAACGUUGUCUAGAGCAUGCGUUUAGGUUUUUUUCACGAUACUUCUUUACAUUUCAACGACUAUUGCUCAGGAGGUUGUCUAAUGGGAUGGUAGAUCCUCAAGUAGAUUACAUGCUAUACUAGUAAAAAAUUCGUUGAAGUUAUCUGGUGUUAAAUCCAAGGGCUUUGGUCUUUGGUUUCCGAGUUUCUGUUUAUUUAUCAUAUUCGUCAUAGUCUUAUUGGAUUUUUUGCCUAUCAUAUCCAGCUGCUGAGUGCUAGUGACAGCAAUUAAUUUCACUAUUUAUUUAACAUAACGAUAGAUUUCCUUGUUAGUGAUAUGAGGCUACGCGAAAAUAUCAUUGAAUUUAGCCAACUUUUCUGACAGAUUAUAUUUGAUACAUAUGAGUUUUAUCUAGUCGAAUAUAACAUUGAUUGUUUUCUAUCUGAUGUCAUUUCGUUAAAUGUGAUUUUCUCAUUGUCUUGUGUGUAACCACAGUGAUAUACAGGGUGAUACAAAAAACAUGCGUGUGAAGUAAAGUUUGUUAAAAUUUUAAUAAUUGGUAGCGUCGAAUGAUGACUUACCUAACAAGUGUAGAAAGUGAUACUUUUCCGCACGCGUCGAUAGUUGCUCGAACGACGCGCAUUGCCAAUAAUUCAGUAAUCUAUAAUGAUUAACAAUAACUUCCUUUAUUAAGAGGCAAAAUAUCCCAUAUUGUUUUUAGAAUUCAUAAAUAUAACUUAAUCUUCCUGUAUGUUGUUUAAGGAGGUAUGUUGUUGCCCGAAAAUGUGACGACUGUUAUUCGGAUCACCCUAUGUACCAGGUGUUUUAAAUUUGAUCCUCAUGAGCGCCCCUGAGAAUGUAGGUAGGAGCUUAAAAUUUGCAUAUUUAGCAUGGUUUUGUGUACAAUUUACACAUAUAGUAAUUUCCUAUGAUACCAACUUCAGGAAAAAAAUAUCCAAAGCAUAACCCAUCUAUACUGAACCUAACCUCAAAAAAUCAGAAAAUUACUUGAAAUACUCGUACUAGAUCCUAUUGAUGAGGAACAAAGUAUAUAUAAAAUAUUGUUCCCAAACCAAAAUGUAACGAUUGUAACCUCAAUCACAAAACGCAGACAUAUAAAAUAAUGGUACCUAGAGAAAACAAUGAAAUGCAACUAGAAUCCCCAAAAAAGUUGACGCAAAAUUAGAACAAGCUCUAAUUUGGUAAUUUAUUCAUGUCUUGAAGAAAUUGUCGACAAUUUUUAAGUUGAUGAGAAGUACUUUUUUGUCGUUUUGAGACUAAAAAUUCAGAAAACAAACGUCACAUUGCAACUUCGUAAAACAAGUGGCGUUUUUAAUGUUGCUGUCAAAACGUUUCGUGAAAAAUGUAAAUUUUGAAAAAAAAUCCAAAUUUCGAAAUUUGAAAAAAUUUGGAACCCAACCCAAUUUUCACCAAUUUCAAAAGGUUUGAUUACUUAUUUUUGAAAUAUGGAAAAUUCGGAAUUUGGAAAAUAAUUUGUAAUUUUGUAAAAAAAAAUGUAAAUAUUGAAAAACCUUGCAAAUUUCGAAAUUUGGAAAAAUUUGGAAUCAGAUAUACCAAAAAUCGAAUAUCUUGCUUAGAAGU